GAAACAGAGGAAAGAAAAACGCGAACUUUAGCAACAGCAAAACCAAAAUAGGUAGCAGCUGGAUGCUUGUCCAGAAGAGGUCGGUCGCUGCAGGAGUAACGGCGAUGGGUUCCUUUUUAUUUACGCUGUGAAGAGUUGGGAAGUUUAGUUCACUCCGAAGUCCCGGAGCAGGGUCGCUUUCCUGGAAUGCAGCGUGUCGGAGGGGAAAGUGGAGCGGGUACUGCUGUGCCGUCGCUUCCGAGAAACUCUGCACCCAUGACCUCCGUAUGCCAGGACGAGGAAGAGUUUGACUUCAGCUUCCUCUUCGAGUUUAACCAGCGUGAUGCAGCCUCCAGCAGCCCCGGAGAAGCCUACAGUUUUGCUUCACCACAUGUCACAGUCACUCCAUCAACAGGUAUGGUAAAUCCUUCCAUACCAAUAUCCUGCCAUGGGCUACAGUCUUCAAGUCCAGUGACUUCUGUGCUACCUUCAACAACAAGUCAAAUGAUGGGAUAUGGGGGAAACAUUGACACUGGAGCUUCAAGCUACUACUUGACUCCUAAUAUAAGACCAAAUGGUGCUCCAACGCUUGAGAGUCCAAGGAUUGAAAUUACUCCUUAUCCAGGAAUACACAUUGGCCAUAAUCAAUUUACUGGUGAAACUGAGCUGGAUGGAGUGGAGAAUGGCUCUGGUUGUAAACGUUCCAAUUCAUUAGUUACACUCACUCUGCCAAAUGCAGAUGCCUACAGAGAUCCCUCAUGCUUGAGCCCAGCAAGCAGUCUUUCGUCUCGAAGUUGCCAUUCUGAAGCUUCUGAAUCCAGUUAUUCCAUUCCUUAUGAUACCUCUCCGCUGACUUCUCCUUGGCAGUCACCAUGUGUGUCACCCAAGGGCACAGCCCACGAGGAAGGAUUCGCUCGUGGACAAGCUGCAUGCACCCUGUGGAAUUCACCAAGGCAUUCGCCGGGCACUUCACCGAGAACAAGUAUCACCGAGGAGAACUGGCUGAGCCCACGACCAACCUCUAGACCUUCAUCGAGACCACAGUCUCCUUGUGGCAAACGAAGGCAUUCAUUCAAUGGAGGAUACUUCCGACAACCAUCCUAUUCACCACAUCAUUCUCGAACACCAUCACCUCAAACCUCGCCUCGCGUAAGCGUGACUGAGGAGACAUGGUCGGGGAGUGGAAACCAGUACAAUUCUGCUAUUCUUGCUGCCAUUACAGCACUCACCACUGACACUUGUAUGGAUAUCAAUGACAGUAUUCCUGUCAAGUCCCCAAGAAGAACUAUACAAGACCAAAGCCCUUCCAUGUUGCUCAAGCCUGAACCAGGGAAUGAUGAACAAAGAGCCUAUUCACCAUGUGGUGAUCCAUCACAAGAAGAAUUUUCUGCAUCUCGCCUUCUUAUCAAAAAAGAAACUUUCUGUGAACAGUAUUUAUCAGUACCUCAGCAUCCAUAUCCAUGGUCUAAACCAAAAUCUGUAUCAUCAUCGUCUUCAUCCUUUGCCAGCCCUUCUCUGCCUGCCCUCGACUGGCAGUUGCCAUCCCAUUCAGGACCUUAUGAGCUUGAGAUUGAGGUGCAACCUAAAUCACAUCACAGAGCACAUUAUGAAACAGAGGGCAGUCGUGGAGCUGUAAAGGCAUCUGGUGGGGGACACCCUAUUGUGCAGCUCCAUGGAUAUAUGGAAAGUGAACCACUCACUCUACAGCUGUUCAUUGGGACAGCAGAUGAUCGCCUGUUGCGACCCCAUGCUUUCUACCAGGUCCAUCGAAUCACUGGGAAGACAGUUUCCACAAGCAGCCAUGAAAACAUCAUCAACAACACCAAGGUGCUGGAGAUUCCACUCUUACCAGAAAACAACAUGAGAGCAAAUAUUGAUUGUGCUGGGAUACUGAAACUUAGGAAUUCUGAUAUUGAGCUGAGGAAAGGUGAAACUGACAUUGGAAGGAAGAAUACGAGAGUGAGACUGGUCUUUCGUGUACAUAUUCCACAACCUAACGGUAGAACUAUUUCGCUGCAGGUUUCAUCAAACCCAAUUGAGUGCUCUCAGAGAUCUGCACAGGAAUUGCCACUGAUAGAAAAGCAAAGCAUUGACAGAUAUCCUGUGAUUGGUGGAAAGAUGAUGAUUUUAAGUGGUCACAACUUCCUCGCAGAGUCAAAGGUCAUCUUUGUGGAAAAGGCAGCAGGUACGUUGAAAGGUGCUUAG